AUGUCGACCAUGACUCUUUCCAUGGAGCCCGUGCCGCCUCCAUCGCACAGCUCGGGCGGCAUGGCGCACGCGCGCGUGGUGCGCGAGGACAGCAUGGACCGCCUUCACCAGCUCGCGUCGCACCGCCCCGUGCUGCACCGCCGCCACUCGCACAACCACUCGCGCCAGUCGCCCAAGUCGCUGCUGCAGUCCAAGCCCGCGUCCGCCGCGCACCGCCUCGUCUUCAUGCGAAACUACAAGCAAGGCUCGCCCUCGCAAACUCUGUCGCAUGGCAGUCCCACGGCCGUCGCGUCACGCGGCGACAGCAGCAGCGUCGGCAUCGGCACGCCUCAGCCGUCGCAUCACAGCCGGUCCACGGACAAGCCGCCGCAGGCGUCGACUCAGAGCGCGGAGCCCACGCCGCUGAAGGAGAUCCGCCGGCAGCACAGCUGGCCGCUGCCGCCACAGCCGUCCUCGUCGGAGGCGGCGGCGCCAGCGACGACGGCGACGCCGGCAGCGACGGUGACAACAGGACAGCGAGCGGCACCAGCGUCGUCGGUGCUGCGGCAGCCCGCUUGCUCGAUGGUGGAGUGCAGCGCGCGAGGGGGGCCGAGAGCGCGGCGGGAGGAGGAGGAGGAGGUGUCGUCGUGGGCGUCGUCCGUAGAGGAGAAGCCGCUGACGGCGGCCGCUGUGCACGUGGGCGACAACCGCAAGUACGACAUCGUCGCCGUCGGGUUCUGGCUGGCGGCCCUGCAGCAGGGGUGCCCGCUGGUGAAGCUGAGUCGGCGCAGGCCCGGGCGAACGAAGCAGCGCAACUACUUCGUCUACGUGGAGCGCACUGGCGCGGUGCGUGUCGAGGCGAGGCUGCUGUGCGCAAACAAGGGCAUCCAUAGCCCAAUGAACACUUGUCACUGUCUGUUUCGCUGUGCAUCCACUCUCGCUCAUGCUUGUCUCCCUCCCGUCCAUCCCCGCGCAUUGCUCGUGCAGAUUCGUUUGCAGUGGGACAAGCCUCGCCUGUUCUCCAUGGGCUCGUCCGCGCCAGUGCAUCUGUACGGCACGGAGGCGACGGACGCGUUCGCGAUGGAGUUUCGCAUGUACACGUCGGAGGGGCAGAUCAUGAUGCGCGCGCACACGGACGACUGGUUCCAGAUCUGGAUCAAGGGCAUGCGCUCCAUCAUCGAAUACGCUAAAGUUCUAUCCUGGACUCUUCAAAUCUAG